UUGGAUGUGUGACUUCACAGGAGAGUUUGUUGUCUUGGUGACACUACGGCCCCUGUUUUGUCCUUUCACACUACUGCAGUCAGUAGUGUUGUCUGUCUUUCCGCCUUGCAUGUGGUGGUGGACAAACCCACCACUGCUCGACGCCUCUCGCUCAGUGUGAGUCUGUGAUGUGUGUAACUGUCAUGUAUCACGACCGUGAUAGCAUCAGCUUCACACCGACACUCAGACACUCCAUUCAAUCAAUGCACCAUGGUUCGUCCGUCCACACGUGUCUCCAAGCAGAUACUGCAGCUGGCUCAUAUCUCAUCCCUUCAUCGCCCACACCACCCAGCCGCCGCCGCCGCUCGUCACCGGCUGAUCAUGGCAAUCACUCUUCGCCCUUGGAGAAGAUCCAGGCCCACCUCGCCUGAACCACCGACCACACACACGCACAGACGCACGAUAUCGAUGCCUGCCUGACGCCUUCCUUGCUUGCUUCCGUGUUUCUCUCACCCGUUCGUCGAUUCUGACUUUGCCCUCGUCCUGCAGGCUCUCCAGACACGCAAGGAUCUCUCGGUCGCGCAGGUUGGUCGCCUCACGCUUCCUGUUGACCAGAUACCUCACGUCAACGAGCUUGAGAGGCACACCACGGGCAACAUCCCGCAUGGUCUCUGCGAUUCUCUCACGGCGCGCUUCCAUGGUGCUUGCUGACGGUGGACAAGCCAAGCAGCUUGGUUGGCCAGAGAGAGCGGUCCCACCUUGAGAGCUUC